AACAAAUUUUUCAUAAGACUUGGUUAAACGGAUAGCAAUGACAUUUCAUCUUUGAGUAUAAUAAAAAAAAUAAAAGUAAAUUCAAGUGUUUUGCAACAAAUGUCAUAAAACAUGUCUGAUAGAAACGCAAUUUUUGGUUGGGAUUUGCUUUACAGAAGCGAGCAACAUAAUAUCAGGGGCACUGAAGAUGUGCUUAUCUGCUUUGUGCAUUUGGUAUUAAUUGCUAAUAGGUUUCAGUGCAUUGGCUUGGGGGACUCCAAAACAUUCGAAGGCAAUGAACCAAGGAGUGAAGCCCUUCCUAAUGGUUGGAAUGAAGUGCUCCAGCUACGCUAUGUGUUUGAGGGAAAGCUUUACCUGCUCUUAGUAACAAAAAUGGAUGAUGGGGUCAUGAUGAAUUUGGUUAGACCGCACGAUAGGACUGUGGGUUUGAUUGAAUUGAAAGCAAGCUCUGUAAAAACGAGGAAUGGAUCAUUGGAUGAAAUGAUACCAAAUAAUAAACAGCUUAUCGCAUAUGUGGUAGAUCAGUUCAUUGACAAAAUGAAGAGCAGCAAAAGUAAAGAUGCAACAAGCCAGACAACUAGUCAUCAACAGAGGAGGAUUUUGUUGCAGCAUUCAGAUAUGAAUAUACCAGUUGGAAAUCCCCACCCCAUUCCAUUACGUAUUGAUCCUGUUGGGGUUGGCCGUGCGGAUUUGGACCCGCUUGCAGGAAUGGGAGGGCCAAGGUUCGGCGGUUUGCAGUUUCCCCCACCUGUAGGAGGUGGUGGAAUGCUAUUUCAACCCCCAAGAAGACCGGAUUUUGAGAGGCAUAAUUUACCGCCGGGUGCCAUUCCGCCCGGCGCUAGAUUCGACCCUUUCAGGCCUCCAGAUGCAGACAGGCCUUUCAAUCCACGCCGUUACCCAGACAACGAUGAGAUGCCUCCACCGGGUUUCGACGAUAUGUACAUGUAGUUUUUACGGUUGUUUAUUAUGAUGGAUGCACUAUUUAUAUGAUUAGUAAUAAGCACCAUAUAUUGGUCUCUCAUUCCGAUAUUAAGGAAAUUAAAGUAUUUAUA